CCGCGGUGUGUCAAGUCCUCCGGCCGCCGUGUACCUGACCCUCUCGCUCCCGCUCGCCCGCCUGCGGCUCCUGCGCCCUCACCUCGGCCUCCCUCGUCCGCCCGCCCGGCUCUCGCAGCCUCCGCGAGCUACCCCGGACCUUGUGCCCUCGAGCUCUCCCGGCGCUCGCCCGACGGGGCCGCCUCCGGCCAUGGUACCGUCCCAGGAGGAGCCCGUGGCCGCCGCCACACAAGGGACGAGCGAGGCACAGCCACCGAGGCCCGCGCCCUCGGAGGACGCUCCACUGCCCGGCCAGGGACCCUCGGACGGCCCCGACGUGUCAUCAGAGAAGGUGGAAGUGGAGCUGACGAGGUCAACGGGCGACGAGCCCCCCGUCCCUCCCGAGGGAGGCUGGGGCUGGCUGGUGAUGCUGGCGGCCAUGUGGUGCAACGGGUCGGUGUUCGGCAUCCAGAACGCCUAUGGGGUGCUCUUCGUGUCCAUGCAGGACACCUUCGGGGGCAAGGACAGUGACAACAUGGCCUUCAAGACAGCGUGGGUAGGCUCGCUGUCCAUGGGCAUGAUCUUCUUCUGCUGCCCCAUAGUCAGUGUCUUCACAGACAUGUUCGGCUGCCGGAAAACAGCCGUCGUGGGUGCUGCCGUGGGAUUCAUCGGCCUCAUGUCCAGUUCUUUCGUAAGCUCCAUCGAGCCUCUGUACCUUACCUAUGGAAUCAUAUUUGCCUGCGGCUGCUCCUUUGCAUACCAGCCUUCAUUGGUUAUCUUGGGACACUACUUCAAGAAGCGCCUCGGACUAGUUAACGGCAUCGUCACGGCCGGCAGCAGUGUCUUCACAAUUUUGCUCCCUUUGCUUUUAGGGAACCUGACCAACAGCGUGGGCCUCUUCUACACUCUGAGAGUCCUCUGCAUCUUCAUGUUUGUGCUCUUCCUGGCUGGCUUUACUUACCGACCUCUUGUUCCCAGCACCAAAGAGAAAGAGAGUGAGGGCAGCAGGCUCUCCUUCUUUUCCCGGAGAAAGUUUAGUCCUCCAAAGAAAUUUUUCAAUUUCGCCAUCUUCAAGGUGACAGCUUAUGCGGUGUGGGCCGCCGGAAUUCCACUUGCACUCUUUGGAUACUUUGUGCCUUAUGUCCACUUGAUGAACCAUGUAAAGGAAAGAUUCCAGGAUGAGAAGAACAAGGAGGUGCUUUUCAUGUGCAUUGGCAUCACUUCUGGAGUUGGACGCCUUCUCUUUGGCCGCAUUGCAGACUAUGUGCCUGGACUGAAGAAGGUUUACCUACAGGUGCUCUCCUUUUUCUUCAUUGGUCUGAUGUCCAUGAUGAUUCCCCUGUGCAGCGUCUUUGGGGCCCUCAUUGCUGUCUGCCUCGUCAUGGGCCUCUUCGAUGGAUGUUUCAUUUCUAUCAUGGCUCCCAUUGCCUUUGAACUAGUUGGUCCUCAGGAUGCUUCCCAAGCCAUUGGAUUUCUUCUUGGAUUCAUGUCUAUACCCAUGACUGUGGGUCCUCCAGUUGCAGGGCUACUUCAUGACAAGCUGGGCUCCUAUAACGUGGCCUUUUAUCUUGCUGGAAUCCCUCCCUUUGUUGGAGGCAUUGUGCUCUGUUUAAUCCCGUGGAUCCAUAGUAAGAAGCAAAGAGAGCUCAGUAGAAGCCCUGGAGGGGAGAAGAUGGAGAAGAUGCUGGAGAACCAGAACUCUCUGCUGUCAAGCUCCUCCAGGAUCUUCAAAAAACAAUCAGACUCUAUUAUUUAAUGCCAGAUAUACCUCCACCUGACUGGAUUUGCUUUUGAAGUUUUCCUUUUAUAUGAAUUGCAAAUUUCCUAUUUUUUUAAUCAUCCUUGGAAUAUUACAAAUGGGAAAUGGAGCCUUUAUUUCCACAGGAGCCAUUUUCUCUCCCCAAACAGCUUUGAUAGUCCCAGGAACUGGGAAGAGACUGUUACAGCAAACGUAUCUGGAAGUUGAACUCGAGAACUCAAAGCUGUCUUAGUAGCAGGCAGCCGUGAAGCCAUGGUUGCUGUGUAGCCGGCCCAGAUACAUACAGUGGACUUCGAGCUAUGUGAAAGGGUACAGUUUGGUUCAUACCGGAAGUAUUUUGUCGGUUGCUUCAUUUGGUGUUUUUAGUUCCAGUGUUUUAGUUUCUUCUGCAUUUUGUAACUUUUUGCAAAAUUUAAGCCUGGAUCCUAGAUAAUAACCUAAACCUCAAGUCUGUUAAAUGACGUAAGCUAUGAAAGUGGGUGAUUCUGACAUGCUCCAGUGUCAUGGGACCUCAGGAGCAGGAGCUAAAAACACCCAUGAUGUCUGAGAUGACGGGUCCUCUCAUAGGCAGCCCUCAGGCGUUUCUUCUGUUAGUUAACCUUUGUUCCCUUUGGUCUGUAGUGUGUUUUACUCCAGUAGCCAGAAACACACCAAAUUUCUGAUUUUGUGUAGACAAUAAAGUAAAAUAGAAUGUAUAAAAGCUCUCCUGAUAAUUUUAACAGGGUUUUCUGACUUCUGGAUUUUUUGGUACUGUAUUGUGAGUGUCUCAGUGAGCAUGCUAUCAGUUAGUGUAACGGACACCGACUGGAGGUAGGAUAGACUGUUUUACACAUUAGAAAAAUAUCUGAUAGAAAUCAUUGCUUAAAUUGACUUAUGGAAUUAUGGUUCUAAAAGGUUAAAUCUACUUAUGAAAAGAAAUAAUUCCUAAAAUUUCAAAAUAAUUUUAGCAAAAAUGUGCAUUUGUGUGUACAGUUGUGUGCCAGUGACAGGGAUACUGAGAAGCCUGAUGGCCGGUGCUUUCCUUGUCUAGACAGAAUUGAUGUGCACAGAGUUGAUGUGCACAGAGUUGAUGUGCACAGAGUGAGGAGAUUCCAUUGUAACCAGUCGAUAGGAUUUGUUAGCACAGUAUUAUGUAUGUACCUCUUUUUUGACUAAAAAAUCAAUGUGGUAUUUAUCUGCCAUUUGCUCUGUAUUAAUUCCCACCAUCCCCAUUUAUGUCUAGACUGUAGAAACCAAGGUAUUUAGCUUUGAGGACCUAAUAUUAAAACCAAAGUCAGGCCAUGACCCAUUACUUUAUAAAAACAGAAAUACAUUCCUAUGUCUUUGAAAUUAUAUUUUAGACCUUUAAAUAUUAAAAUGCAAAUUGUAUUUAAAUCAUUAGCCUAGAUGAAUAUUAAAUCAUGGUUUAAUGUAGCUUGCUUGUUCAUGUGAAACAUUUUAUCUUUCCCUAAGCACUUCCAGGAUCCUUCCAAGUGAUCUGGAAGGUGAGAAAUAACUUUACUAUCUCACUACCUGGCUCUCUCCCUUCUGCCAUUUUCUCUCUCCAUCUAGCUGGGGAUGGGACUACUUGGAGAGAGCGCAGACUUGUGCUUGGUGGGGGAGGUAGAGGGCCGAGGAAGUGAGGCUGCCACCGAAAACCUGCAGAUCCAGUGACUUUUCCUCUUCAUAGCAGGCUUUCUCACCUGCCACCGUGGAAGUAACAGCCUACAUGCUAAGUGUACAAUUUCUCUUAAGGGGGUUUGAAUAGCUGUGAUUUAU